AUGGACCCAGGGGCAGCCCAGCCGAGCAGCCCACCGGGGGCAGACCAGGUCCCCCAUCACCUCAGUGUUGAAUACUUCUCUUGGGAGUACCGUGUCCGUCUCGUCACUGCGGGCUUUGGGGUUUACACUGCAGUCUUCCUCCUCAGUCAUGUCCUCUCCAUGGCACUGUCCCACACCUAUAACUCUCUGCUGGCCAAGGAGAAGGUGUUUUGGAACCUGGCUGUGACACGGGGCAUGUUCGGUCUGCAGAGUGUUGUAGCAGGACUGAGGACCCUGACGGAGGACUCCAUGGUUUUCAGAGACCGAGUUCAGGGCCAAGAAGACUGGUCUUGGUUCCAUUUGCUCACUGCCACUGGGUUUUUCAUUUUUGAAAAUGUGGCUCUCCACACUUCCAGUUUAGUAUUCUGGUCUUUUGACAUCUCACUGGCCGUACAUCAUUUCUUUGCCCUGGCAGGGUAUUUAGCAGCAUUGGUGUGGGAUUCAACUGGACACUUCCUACCGAUGGUGACGCUGCUGAUGGAGAUGAGCACCCCGUUUACCUGUAUUUCAUGGCUGCUACUCAAGGCCGGAUAUGCUCGCACCUUGUUCUGGAAGGCCAACCAGUGGGUGAUGAUCCACAUGUUCCACUGCCGCAUGGUUCUCAGUUACUACAUGUGGUACUUCAGCGCGACUCACUGGAGCGACCUCAAUACCCACGUGUCCCUGCCCCAGCGGCUGAUCUUCUUCCCUGGUUUAGUCCUGCUCACGUUUGUGCUGAAUCCUAUCUGGACUCACAAGAAAACCAUGCAGCUCCUGAACCCCGUCGACUGGAACUUUGGCAAUAAAACUGUGCCUCUAAACGGCCCCAAGGGUAAACCUCACUCAAACUAA